AUGUGGCACGCAUAUCAAGUUUCUGAUGUGUCUACUGAAGUACAGCGGCAAGAACGAAAUGCAUGUCAUCCUGAGAUACUAUUUUCUGCAGCUAGGCGUGAGUAUGAGCAUGAACACCAAUUUGACUCGAUCGAAGGGGAACGGGAAGAGAACAUUGACCAAUACAUUGUACAAAUGGAAGGACUUGAGACGAUAAUGCGCGUCGCUUUCACUGCUUCGAAGUCAAAAACUGACGAGGGACCACAACUUCCGCGUGAGAUAAUGAUGUAUGUGAAGGACUCACCACCAAAACUUCACAUUGAGUUCCAAGGCUGCGUGGAUGGUCGACCAAGUCCCUGGGUCAGAGCUAGCAGUAUGCGUGAGGGAAGCUUUUUCACGCAGAAGAAUCCCGUUGACUUGGUAAAACGAUGGCAUGGAACAGUGGCACUGAAAACGCUUGCUGAGAAGGCCGACAGCUUGGAGCUCGGUGACAUUAUUGCUUGUCAUGAAGAACUGAGCAAUGCUGUACCGGCUUAUGAUGCUCGCAUCCGUUCCAACUUUGCCAAUAAUCCCAACCGUGCCGAAGUCUACUUUCUGUGA